UUCCCAGUGAAAUUUGGUUAUUUCUCCAUGUAACCAAACGUAAUAUGCAUUUAGGAAGUUUACAGGCCUAGAUCUACAUCUUUAAAUUCUUAUCAUUAAGACAUUUUGCUUCUUGUUUUGCAUUUAAUUCUGGUUGUUUUGUUGUCAAGAAUAGGAUACAACGCUGAUUUGUCAAGUAAAAUAGAUUUUGAAACAUAUGUAGCGGCGUACAUGGAGUGUUACCCACAGCCCGACAUGGCAGACGAAGAGGUUGUGCAGCAAAUGGAAGCUCAAGAAACUCACCCUGUUGCAACAGGGAUUUCUACAGUACAUGAGGAAACGCCACUACAAAAAUACUGGAAAGCUGUGAGGGACAAUCCUUCAGAUUUUACUGGGUGGACAUAUCUGCUGCAGUAUGUAGAGCAAGAGGGAAAACUUGAAGAAGUCCGUGAGGCAUAUGACGCUUUCUUUGGCUGUUACCCAUACUGUUAUGGAUACUGGAAAAAAUAUGCAGACCAAGAAAAAAAGCGUAAAAACCUGGAUAAAGCAGAAGAGGUGUAUGAACGAGGACUUCAAGCCAUCCCCCUGAGUGCAGAUUUGUGGCUAAAUUAUAUAAGCUUCAUUAAAAGUAAAUAUGCAGAUGCAACAGAUCUGGAACAGAGAGUUCGGAGAAUAUUUGAGAAGGCAAUCACAGCUGCUGGGACUGACUUCAGAUCUGAUAAACUUUGGGAUGCAUUUAUCUCCUGGGAGAAAGAAGCCAAUAACUGGCAGAGAGUGCUGACAUUGUAUGACCGUCUCAUUGCAAUACCAACUCAACUAUACAGCCAUCACUUUGAUAAUCUAAAGAACUUUGUAUCAGAAGUGAAACCAAAAGAGAUUCUUAGUUUAGAUGAGUUCUUGAAGUUAAGACAAGAAGUAGUUGCAGAGCUUGGGCAGACUACUACUAAUGAAGACUUGGGAGAGGAUGGAGCCCCAGGGAUGGAGGAUGAUGCACCCCCUGGGUUAGAUGAUGCACCCCCUGGAAUGGAGGAUGAGACCUUUAAAUCAGAAUCUUCACAUACAAAAGAAAGCAAGUCUGAUAAAGACAAAAAUUGUGUUCACUUGGAAAAUCCCGACUUUCACUUUGUUUUUGUAAAGCAUGAUGAUCCAGAGACCAAGCUGCUAAGAGAUAAAAUCAUUAGUGCUAGAGAAGCCAUUUACAGAAUCACAGAAGAGGAAGUUAGUAAAAGAUGGAAUUUUGAAGAAGGAAUUCGCAGGCCAUAUUUUCAUGUGAAGCCAUUAGAGAGAUCCCAACUCAAGAACUGGAAGGAAUACCUUGACUUUGAGUUGGAACAUGGUACACACCAAAGAAUAGUGGUGUUAUUUGAAAGAUGUAUAAUUGCCUGUGCUCUGUAUGAAGAGUUUUGGUUAAAGUAUGCUAAAUACCUGGAAAAUCACAGUGUGGAGGCAGCACGGAAGAUGUUUAAGAGGGCAUGCUGCAUUCAUUUGCCAAAGAAACCGAGUAUUCAUUUGACUUGGGCAGCCUUUGAGGAAAGGCAUGGUAAUUAUGAAAGUGCCCUUGAAAUCUUGCGUAACAUAGAGAAGAGAGUCCCAGGACUGGUGAUGGUUCCUCUGAGGAGAAUUGGUCUAGAACGGCGUCAUGGCAACCAUCAUCAAGUACACGAGUUAUAUCAGGCUUAUUUAGAUACUGCCACAUCACCAGAAGAACAUUCAUUCCUCUCCUUGAAAUUCUCUAGACAUCUUUUGAAGGUUAAUAAUGACAGAGAAAAAGCCAAAGAGGUUCUUUUAAAUGCAUUAAAAAAGGACCCUAAUAACAGCAAGCUUCACCUACAGUUACUAGAUCUGGAGUACCAAACCAGUCCCCUUGUAGAAGACGGCAUACUAGGCAUUCUCAACAAUGUUUUAUCCACUGAAAUGACAAUAGAAGAAAAACUCAAGUUCUCUCAGAGAAAGUUAGAAUUCCUAGAAGACUUUGGAUCUUCCAUAGAAAAGCUUGUGGAAGCUUAUGAUGAUCACCAGAAGCUGCUAAAAGAUGUUGCCAAUGAAAAAAAGAGAAAAGCAUCUGAAUCUUUAGGUGAGGACCCUAAUGCAGAGAAAAAAGCCAGGCAGGACAGUCACAAUGGUCACAGUAAAGAGGGCGCUGGAGACACCACAACAGCAGCCAUGACAGAUCAUUCCAGUUAUUAUGCAAACUCCUGGGCUGGAUACCAUCCUGGUUACAACUAUGGUGCUUGGAGCUACUCAAAUCCCUACUAUCCUCAAACAUAAUGAUGACUUUGUAGCAGCAGAUGAAACUGUUCCCAGCCAUUCUUUCUCAGGUCACAACUGACUGGAUAAAGGAUCUUUAAACUGGAAUUCAUGUCUUGUACAACUUUAACAUGAUUCAUUAGACAGAAAGAGAGGGUGUCCAUGGUGAUUCCUUUUCACAUGCCAUAAUCAACACAUUACCAGCUUGAGACGGACAAAGCCAUAUUUAUUCUACUGAAAAACACCUCUUGGAAGACUGAAUAAAAUGUCACUUGUCCUGGCAUUAAUUAAUAUUCCUCAUAUUUUUGAGAAUGCUGUAAUGAAUCUAAUCCUGUUUUGACUUACGAUGUACAUGAUGUACAUCGUGCAGUUAAGAUAUUAUUGUUUCACAAGUAAUAAAGAGAAUUAAUUCUUAAUCUUUGGGCUGUCAGUAGGUAUGAAAAAAAGAAGAAUCCUCAUUUCCUUACUGCACUCAACAAUACAGUGUCUUCGGAGAGAAAAAAGUAAUAUGGCUUCCUUUUUAUCUGUAACAUAGCAUACAUACAGGGAAAUUGACUAUUGAAAGCAGAUCUUUAUACAAAAGACUACUGCUGAUAUACAUUUUCAACAUCCGAAUUGUGCAAGUUCUGUAGUAAAUUGUGCAGUUUGUGUAAAUAUUUGAAAUAGUUUUCAAAUCAUUUUUGAAAUGCUCAAUUGCUGUAUUCAUAUAUUUUUGUAAUAUUGAUGCAAAUUUAUUCCAAGAACCACUGGUGUUGCAAUACCUAUUAACAGAUUUAUGAGGGAAUAUCAGAAAAUAAAUAUGCUC